AUGGCUAUGCAAUGCCAGCUAUGGAUGGGCAGUUUGGAGCCAAAUAUGACAGAAAGUUUUAUAAUGGCUGCAUUUCAUCGGAUGGGACAGCGUCCACUGGCCGUGAAGGUCAUGAGGAAUAAAUUUACUGGUGAACCAGCAGGUUAUGCAUUUGUACACUUUCAGACUGAUGAAGAAGCAAUAGAUGCUAUGCAUAAACUAAAUGGUAAGCCUAUACCUGGCACAUUUCCUGUAGUUCGAUUUAGACUUAACACAGCUUCAAGAGAAGCUCGUGCAAAUAUGCAGCAGGAAAGAGAAUUUUCAGUAUGGGUUGGAGAUCUUAGUCCUGAAGUAGAUGAUUAUUCAUUAUACAGAGUUUUUGCUGCCAAAUAUUCUUCAAUAAAAACAGCCAAAGUUAUCCUGGAUAGUUCUGGUUACACUAAGGGUUAUGGAUUUGUUAGGUUUGGUAAUGAGGAUGAACAGCGUAAUGCACUCUAUGCUAUGAAUGGGUAUACAGGUCUGGGUACUAAGCCUUUAAAGAUAUGCACUGCAGUACCUAAACCUAAAGGAGCAGUAACAACACAAAACCAACCAACACCAGUCACAACUACAGCAACAUACAGCAGUGGGACGGAGUACAACCAUUAUUAUGAUCCGUCAGCCUAUUGGCAAAAUUACUCAGCGUGGUCGGGUUACUAUGGGCAGGGUGACCAGAGCGUGCAGACAGCACCGGUGGUCGAUACGCAAGUGGCAGCAAAAGUGCAAAGCGACGAACUAGCGCUUGUCGAUCAUAAAAAAGUAAUCGACGUUGAUCAAAUGAAUGAAGAAUUCCUUGACCCCGAGCUGUCGUUGUGGGACGCGCUCGAAUCAUCACAGUGGUUUGGUGAUAUCAUUGAAGCUCAU